AUGCUGGUCAACCAUGACCGCAUGAAAAAGUGCGAGGACCGUGACUUACCUCGCUGGCUUGCCAAUGCCCGGGAGAGGUACUUAGCUGAAAAGGGCUCAUGUCAGGCCAUAGACGAAGGGGUUCAUGCCAAAACCCCUACCGGGGCUGUGUCAGAGCUGGAAGGCAUCCCGAGGACACAGGACCCGGCAAGUCUCCAGGAUCCAGAGGUUGCACAGGUUCCCCCGGAGGAACCAAUCCCUACACCGAAGCGCAGACGGAGAAGACCGCGUAAACAUCGCGCGCUGUCACCGGCUCCCCCGAGUGCCCCCUCGGGGAAAACGCGCUAUUGCCUCUGCCGCCAGGCGGACGAUGGCAAACUUAUGAUACAGUGUGAUAGGUGUGAGGAGUGGUUUCAUGGGAAGUGUGUGGGAGAAACAACGUGA